AUGACAGUAGUUGGAGCUAAAGGAGAAAGGCUAAGUGCUGAAAUCACUCAAACUGGCACAAAAUCACAAGAAUCAAGCAACAAAAUUACCAAGGGUGAGUGGUUGAUUUCUAUAGAGAACUUUAAGGUUGACAAAACAACAAAGAAACCCGAAAUAGAAAGGGUUCCAUCACUGCUACGUCAGAGUAACUCAGACGAAAAUUGUUAUGAUCCUAUUGUAGUUUCGAUAGGCCCUUAUCAUCAUGGAAAGCCAGGGCUCGAAACAUUUGAGCAGCUAAAAAUUCCAAUCGCGCAGAAGUUGUGUCGUAACCAUUGUAAUCAAGUAUCCAUCGAACAGUUAUACGAAGAGGUGGCAAAGGUGGGUAAAAGUGCCCGCGAAUGCUAUGCGAAAGUCUCGACUGAUGACUGUGAUGAUGAAUUGUUCAACAGAAUGAUGUUUCUUGAUGCUUGCUUUGUUCUUCAUUUUAUGUUCAUCUUAAACGUAGGAAAUGUUUCCAAUGGGACAUAUAAGGAACAAAAAGUAGAUCCACGACUGUACAUGGGUUACUACCAAGGUUUAAUAGGUAGUGACUUGUUCUUGCUAGAGAAUCAAAUUCCGUUACUAGUACUAAGAGUUUUGAUGAAUUUCAUGUUUGAUAGUGAUCAAAUCCAGAAAGAGUUUAUUCAGAAAUUCCUUGAAAGCCAAAGCAUAAGUAAAUCAUGGGACGAUUCAAAGGAAUUAGAUUUGGAUGGAAGCCACAUCAUAAGUAAAUCAUGGGAUGAUUCAAAGGAAUUAGAUUUGGAUGGAAGCCACACCAUAAGUAAAUCAUGGGAUGAUUCAAAGGAAUUAGAUUUGGAUGGAAGCCACACCAUAAGUAAAUCAUGGGAUGCUUCAAUGGAAUUAGAUUUGGAUGGAAGCCAUCACCUUCUACAUCUAAUAUGGAAACGUCUCGCUGUCAGGCCAAAUACGGAUGGAAGCCAUCACCUUCUACAUCUAAUAUGGAAACGUCUCGCUGUAAGGCCAAAUACGGAUGCAUCCACUGCCACAGAAGAGUGGGAAUCAUUUCGUACGGUAACCGAGCUCAAAUCAGCAGGAAUUCAUGUCAAACCAAGUCGAACUGGAAUUCUUACUCAUGCAGAGUUCAAAUCUCGCCUUACUUUUGGUACUCUUACACUUCCUCGAAUGUUCAUUGACGAUUCAACAAAACCUUUGCUAUUAAACUUGGUGGCUUAUGAACUGUGUCCCUAUGGCCCUCCUGGUUUGGGCAUUACGUCAUACAUUUGUCUAAUGGAUUCACUCAUUGAUCAUGCUGAUGAUGUUCAAGAGCUCAGGAAGAGAAAAAUUCUUGGCAACUAUUUGGGCAGUGACCAAGAAUUGGCACAAUUCUUUAACAAGAUUGCUAAAGAUUUGGUAGCUGAUGAGACUAUAUAUGCAGAAGCUAAGCGGAUGAUUGAAAUUCAUUGCCACAGUAAAGUACAAGGCUGGAUGGCUGAAUGGAUGCACAAAUAUUUUAGCAGUCCUUGGACUCUCUCGGCUUUUCUAGGUGCAAUUCUCAUCCUUGCCCUUACUAUGGCACAGACAUAUUUUGCUGCUUAUACGCACUAUACCUCAGAACGCAAGACUUCCUAA